AUGUGGGACAAAGGAAAACAUACGGUGAAUGUAUAUGGGGAUCUUCUUUAUAUAAACAGGGAAUGUAACAUCAUCAAACUCUCUGCAAAUAACAGAACAAAGUCCACGCCGAUAAAAAGAGAGUCAGAGACCCCAGUGUGUGUCUUCUGCUCCACCUCAAACGAAGAUCUUCUGGUCGGAUUUUAUUUAGGCAAGGUACACCGUUAUGAUAAAACAGGCCAACAAAUACAUACAAUUGAACACAACGACAAAGGUCAUAGAAUGUAUAGUGAACCGAUGUACAUCACAGAGAACCGCAAUGGAGAUGUCAUUGUGUCUGAUCGGGAUAAUGAUGUGGUGGUGACAGACAGUGUAGGGCGAUACCGGUUCUCCUACACGGGGUCUCCAUUAGGACCUCAAAUACUACCAUACGGUAUUUGCACCGACGCUUCGUCGAACAUCAUUGUGUGUGAUUAUUUCAACGAAAUAUUGCAGAUUAUUGAUAAGAAUGGUACCUUUACGAGACUUCUCUUGACAGAACAGGAAGUGAGGGGCAAACCAUAUAGCUUAUGUUAUGAUCACGAGAAAGACCUUAUCUAUGUUGGAUUCUGGCGCAGUAAUGAUAUAUUAGUAUACGGAUGUCGAGAGGGACAUGAUUAUCUAACAGAAAACUAA